AUGGUGAUUAACCCACCCCCCCAGAUCCUCCAACAAUUCCUCACCAGCCGCAACCCCAUCCCCGAAACCUCGGGCAAAGUCUACAAACCCGCCAACGCCACCGAAUUCGACGCCCUCCUCUCUACCACCAAACACGUUGUCGUCGAUUUCUAUGCCGACUGGUGUCCCCCCUGCCGAGCCAUCGCGCCCGUCUUCUCUGACCUAGCAGACAAGCAUUCUGCUGAGGGCCAGCUGGCGUUUGCGAAGGUGAAUGUGGACCAUGUGCAUGAUAUUGCGAUUCGGUAUGGGGUAUCGGCCAUGCCGACUUUUGUGUUUUUUGAAGGGGGGAAGCCUGGCGGGGUGAACGUGGAGGGGUUGGGCGGUGGGAGAGGGUCAGUGGUGGUUACGGGAGAGGGGUUGGUGGAGAGGGUGAGGGGGGCGGAUAGGGUCGCGUUGGUGGCUGUUGUUGAGGCUUUGGCGGGGAAGGGUGGGAAGAAGGAAGAGUAG